CGGCGGCGGCGGUCGUGGCGGCGGCGGAGGCGGAGGGUGCGAAACGGCUGCGGGAGGAGACAUGGCUAACAUUGCGGUGCAGCGAAUCAAGCGAGAGUUCAAGGAGGUGCUGAAGAGCGAGGAGACGAGCAAAAAUCAAAUUAAAGUAGAUCUUGUAGAUGAAAACUUUACAGAAUUAAGAGGAGAAAUAGCGGGACCGCCAGACACACCGUAUGAAGGAGGAAGAUACCAACUAGAGAUAAAAAUACCAGAAACAUAUCCAUUUAAUCCCCCUAAGGUGCGGUUUAUUACUAAAAUUUGGCAUCCUAAUAUUAGUUCUGUCACUGGGGCCAUUUGUUUGGAUAUCCUGAAAGAUCAAUGGGCAGCAGCAAUGACUCUAAGGACAGUAUUGCUCUCAUUGCAAGCAUUAUUGGCAGCUGCAGAACCAGAUGAUCCACAAGAUGCAGUAGUAGCAAAUCAGUACAAACAAAAUCCAGAAAUGUUCAAACAGACAGCUCGACUUUGGGCACAUGUGUAUGCUGGAGCACCAGUUUCUAGUCCAGAAUACACCAAAAAAAUAGAAAACCUAUGUGCUAUGGGCUUUGAUAGGAAUGCAGUAAUAGUGGCCUUGUCUUCAAAAUCAUGGGAUGUAGAGACUGCAACAGAAUUGCUUCUGAGUAACUGAGGCAUAGAGAGAAAAAUGCUGCUGUAGUCCAGUCUGCCCCCUUCUUGAGGAGCAUCACCAUCUGUUAUUUUUAGAAUUCUGCAUAGAUUCUUUUAAAACUGGCAUUCUUGCCUAAUUAUUAUCUAGGCAUGAUUGAAGACUGAAAAAAAACAAACCCUGCUCUGUAAAUAAAGCUAAUUAAACGUCUGUGUAAAUUUAAAAAGGGGAAAUACUUUAAUUUUUUUUUCUUACUAAAUAGUGUAAAAAUUCUUUGAGCUCAGCUAAGACUACGGGAAAACAAAACAUGCUACUUUAGCAUUUAGCAGUGUGACCAAGACUAGCAAGAGUUUGCAUCAGGAUUUUGUUGAAUAAUUAUUUAAGUAAUAUUUUGAACGUGUUAAGGCCAUCCAAAUUGUUGAUGUCAUUCUUCACAGCUACCUUAAUGUUUUUAACAUUGAUUUUCUGUGCCUGUGAAUUUACUUGCAUGCCUGUAUUUUGCUAGACCUCUUAGAACCUGGUAGCUGGAGAGAGCACCAUUUUAAAUAUUUGCGUGCUUAGAAAACUUAAAGACCAAAAAAAAAAAUUGGUUGAAAAUGGUGACCUAUUCAGAACCUUUUCUAUCCCUGUCAUUGGAUCGGGGCACCACAUUUACUUUCUCUUCAAUUUACAUAGCUAAAUUCUCAUGGUAAAUUAAUUUUUUCUUUGUUUUUCUGGUUGAGAAUGUGCCAUUUUUAAUAGCUUAUGUUCCAUCUUCAUAUGACAAUAUUUUGUCAUUAUACUUCAUGCAGUCUUGGAACCUUCAUGCAUAAGAGGUGGUGCAAAAAUGGGGCUAUUGGAUUUUAUUUUUUCUAAGACCAGUACAUUCUUAUGUUGUGGUUUUCCUGUAAUUAGAGGAAGAACAUAACUUAAUUUUCACUGUUUGGACACACUUUUUAAAAACUGUCUGCUGCCUCAGUAGUUGAAGAUUUUUUUUUUUUUUUUGAGUACUUGUUUUAAUGCAAUCAACAAUUUGCAACAGUUUUCUAUUAUUUGGGGCUUUAUUGUAAGGAUUGCUUAUCAGGUACUUAAAAUUUCACUUUUGCUUACAUUUCCCCAUUGUUGCCACAUGGAAGCUGUUAAUGUUUUCUUGUACAUACUUAAAAUGCACAUAAAAAGAAAUGGAAGUGUGUUAAAAACCUAGCUUUCUUUAUGAUGUUUCUGACAAGAAUUGAAAAAUCUUACUUUCUUGUGUACAUACACUCAGACUUUCUAUUCGUAUUAAAAUGACAUUACAUCCUCAAUUCAAAA